CCCAUUGAUUUCUCUCUCAACGUGGUGCCCUUCCUCUUCCUUCCCUUUCCCUUCACUCUCUCUCUCUCUCUCUCUCUCUCUCUCGUUUUCGCCUAAUACCCUCUCCAUCUCCGCCUCCCCUGCUGCGGCCGGCACCUCAAUAAGUCCUUAAAACCCCUCCGGCCAGCUCCCUUGGGGUCCUCAUCCACGCCUCUCUGCCUCCGGUCAAUCAGCUCAAUCGGACAAGCAGCCGAAAAGGAUGAUUGACUGCAUGGGCGCAAGAUUAACUCUCCUUCGAACCAGCUGAUAAGCAGCAUCAUUAAUCAGUCAAAUUUGGGUUUGGAAACUAUUCCCUUCAGAAAAUGGAUCGGUGUGAUACUUCAGGUUUUGUUAGUGGAGGGGGGUUCUCAUGUUGUACUUCCAGGAACAUGGACUAUUAGUUUUCUCAUUUUUGUAGCUGACCUUGUAUUUAUUAUUUAACCCUGGAAGGCAGGCAAACUGGUAACUGUACAGUUAAGAUUAGUUUGGCAGACUUAGUAGUUGCUUCAUGGAUCCUAGGUUCCCCAAUUUGGGUUUCCCAGCUAAUUAUUCCUUAAAUGCAUUCAAGAAUUUAAGCAAUUCAACUUGGGUUCGAGCAAUGGGAGGUGAACAUGGGAUGGACACUGUCCUGAGGCUUGAUUCCCCAGCUUCGAUGUUCUCUGAAUGGCCUGCAUCCAGAGGUGUCAAACGCAAGUGGAAUCUGGUUGAUGGAACACUGGGCCAGCAGGUGGGCUCCUCACUGUCUCUUGGGCUGGGCCGAUCUUCAAGUUCAUCGGACAGCAAGGCGAGCACUGCAACUGCAUGCACUACAGUGUCUUCUGCUAAGGAAAAUGAGGAGGAGUCCUCAAUGGAUCUCGGGUUGGACUUUAGUCUGCACCUUGGGAAUGAGGGGACCCCCAACUCCAAGAGAGUUGCUAGCUCUUCAAUGAAAACACUGGAAUUGCAUCCUAAGGUUGACCUCAAGUUGAGUCUCUCAAUGGGACCUUCUGAGUCUGAUGUCACCAGUAUCCACCAGAAUUAUCCUCUUUUAACUGGCAGUGAGGCCCAUAAUGCGGAGCAAGGAAUGACUUCUCUGAACAGAGAUGCUAGCUUUGUGCUGAAUCAGGUUCAACCCAGGAAGGUAAAUUUGGGUUCGAUUCCAGUUGUUGCUGAACAUUCUGCGAGUAUAACUACCCCGAAAAGCUCGGUCACCUGCACUUCCGGGAUGACUCAAAAUAAACCCCAUCGGAGCAGCUGCUCAAAGACUUGUCAGGUUGAGGGAUGUGGGAAGGGGGCACGGGGAGCUUCAGGCCGCUGCAUCUCCCAUGGGGGUGGUCGGAGGUGCCAGAAGCCCGGAUGUCUGAAGGGAGCAGAGGGCAAAACGGUUUACUGCAAGGCCCAUGGAGGUGGCCGCCGCUGCGAGUUCCUUGGCUGCACUAAGAGUGCAGAAGGGCGGACUGACUUCUGCAUUGCCCAUGGUGGCGGCCGCAGGUGUAGCUACGAAGGCGGCUGCACCAGAGCUGCCCGAGGCAAGUCAGGGCUGUGCAUCCGUCAUGGUGGCGGCAAGAGGUGCCAGAUGGAGGGUUGCACAAGGAGUGCGGAAGGCCUCUCUGGGCUCUGCAUCUCGCAUGGUGGUGGUCGUAGAUGCCAGUAUGUUGGAUGCACGAAGGGAGCCCAGGGAAGUACCAUGUUCUGCAAAGCCCACGGCGGGGGCAAGCGGUGCACAUAUAUUGGCUGUACCAAGGGAGCUGAGGGGAGCACACCCUUCUGCAAGGGCCAUGGAGGGGGGAAGCGGUGCUCCUUCCAGGGUGGGGGUGUAUGCUCCAAGAGCGUCCAUGGGGGUACAAACUUCUGUGUGGCCCAUGGAGGAGGAAAGAGGUGCGCUGUGCCUGGGUGCACGAAGAGCGCGAGGGGAAGGACUGAGUUUUGUGUCCGACAUGGUGGAGGGAAGAGGUGUAAGUUUGAAGGGUGUGGAAAGAGUGCCCAGGGGAGCACUGACUUUUGCAAGGCCCAUGGAGGAGGGAAGAGAUGCUCAUGGGGCCAGCCAGGCUCGGAGCAUGGGACCGAGGCCACUGCACCAUGCAACUCCUUUGCUCGGGGCAAGACGGGCCUGUGCAACCUCCAUGGCGGGCUUGUUCGGGACAAGAGGGUCCAUGGAGGCAUCAGUGUGGGGCCCAUUGUGCAGGAGCAGGUUACAAAAGACGUCGUGGCCGGUGAGGAAAUGAACAUUGAUGUCUCAGAAGCUAGUUCCUUCAGAAGCCAAUCCAGCUCGAAGCAGUCUACUCAGUUCACCAUUGAAGGAGGUUUGCCCUCUGCCCCGGUGUUUGCUCCUGAAGGAAGAGUGCAUGGUGGGAGCCUUAUGGCAAUGCUGGCGGGCGGUUUAUCUCUUGGCAUGGGAAGCAGCAAAGGCCUCUCUGGUGAUCAUCUUGAGCCUGACACUGGGAAAUCUGAGCAUUCCAUGAUGCCCCAGAGCUGGUUGUAAACUCGUGCCGUUCUGUCCAUUGUCCUGAACAUAUCAAGUCUUGUGCCCUUCAUCUGUCUUUGUUAACUUCUCUGCAUGUUCUUGUUGGUUGGUGCUGCUUUCUGUGCAUAGGCUUUUCUUUGGAUACUCUCAUUCAUUCGAAACCCUACGGUAAAAGUAGGGUGAAUCAAUUUAGGUAGUAGAGAGUGGUCUUGUCCUCUGGUGCUUUUAUUCUGUCUCUAAUCUUGUAAAUAGAUAAUCCAGCAGUUUGUGAAUAUGUAAGAUCUGGUGGGUCGGUUUGUCCGGUAUCAUGGUUCUAAUAAUAGACCCUUUAGCUUUCAUUUCC